AUGGCGAAGGAUAAGGGCUGGGUGGAGAAGGGGAAACGCAAGCAAGGACGAGAGUCGAAGAAACAACAUGCGCAGUCCACCCGACGUUUCAGAUUCAAGAGCUUCACGCGGCAGGUGGAGGAGGCGCAGGUGGAUGUUUUCCGCUCGCUCGCGCCCGCGCAGCAGCAGCCCUCCGCCGGCUGCUCCUCCUUCUUCCAGCAGGCGCUGCUGCACUGGCGGGUCAGUCCCCGCCCGCGCCCUCCCCUUGUUUCCCCCCCUCUCCGCCACGUCUUCUCCCCUCACACCCUCGCCUUUCUGGCUCCCAUUUCUCACUCGCCGCUCCCCAUGCCUCCCCGUGCGCCCCCAUUCCCUCCCAUGCCCCCCCAUUCCCUCCCAUGGCCCCCCAUUCCCUCCCAUGCCCCCCCAUUCCCUCCCAUGCCCCCCCAUUCCCUCCCGUGCCCCCCCAUUCCCUCCCAUGCCCCCCCAUUCCCCCCCAUGCCUCACAUGACCCCCCAUGCCCGCCAUAACGAGACUCCCCAUGAACUCCCAUAUCCCCCGACAAACCCCCAUGCCCUCCCAUACCUUCUAAUGCUUCCCCCCGUCGCCCAUCUCCCCUCAUGCCCCCCAUGCCCCCGUGCCCCCCCAUACCUUUCCCCCCCUCACCCCCCUCAGGAGCUGAGCGCAGCAGUGGAUUUCAACGAGGUGCACAGCGAGGUGGCGCCGCUGGUGGCGUCGCUGGCGCAGCUCGUCUUCCACCGCCACCGCAUCGUGCACGCGCUGCUAGCACGCCUCUCCAUGCGCGCCCUCCUCUCCCUCCCACCCCUCCUCAGGUGCCCAACCCUCUCCUCUCCCCCCUUCUCCUCGCCCCCUCCCCUUCGCUGCUUUCAUUUCACUCCUUGUGUAUGCACGUGCCACGGCCUCUCACGUGCCACGGCCUCUCAUGUGCCACGGCCUCUCACGUGCCACGGCCUCUCACGUGCCACGGCCUCUCAUGUGCCACUGCCUCUCACGUGCCACGGCCUCUCACGUGCCACGGCCUCUCACGUGCCACUGCCUCUCACGUGCCACGGCCUCUCACGUGCCACGGCCUCUCACGUGCCACGGCCUCUCACGUGCCACGGCCUCUCACGUGCCACUGCCUCUCACGUGCCACUGCCUCUCACGUGCCGCCCCUCACAUGCAGCCACUAGACCCCUUCUGGUGGUGUCGACGUGGCACCAACAUGUGGUGGAGUGUGUGGCGCAGAUGGGUAAGCACCUGCGCCACUACCUCACACCUGAUAUCGUCACCCUCCUCAAGAUGACCAAGGCACUGCGGUUCUACCCGGCGGACUAUGUGCGCGAGCUGGUGGCGCACAGCCUUGCCUUCGUGCUGCGCACUGCCCCGCCCAAACAGAUGGCCCGCGGCGUGCGGUGGGUGCUGGCAGAGGCGAGGGCGGUGGCGUGUGAGGAGAGGGAGAGCGGGGUGGCGCUGCUGCUGGCCAAUGCAGCCAAGGGCCCCGCGCACUCGCUGCACUCCAAGGCCGCGCCCCUGCUGCUGCGCCUGCUGCUGCUGCCCUCCUCUCUGCGCCCCCCCGCGCUGCUGCUGCUGCAGGGCCAGCGAGCAAACCCCCUUCCUCCCCAUUCCCCCCUCCUUCUGUGUCCCCCUCCUUCUGUGUCCCCCUCCUUCUGUGUCCCCCUCCUUCUGUGUCCCCCUCCUUCUGUGUCCCACUCCUUCUGUGUCCCCCUCCUUCUGUGUCCCCCUCCCCGUGUCACCCAUCCCCUGUCAUUCCCUCCAGCUGCUGGUGCUGCUGACGUGGCGCUGACAGUUGUCACACGUGUGAUACGCCUGCUUGCCGCCCACCUCACUCCCGCCACUGCCGGCCCUCUCCUCUCCCUGCUCCUCACAACCGCCUCACAAGCAGUGCAGGGGGGGCGGGAUGGGGGCAAGGGAGGCGCGGGUGGGGAGGAUGAGGGCAAAGGAGAGGAGCAAGGGGAUGGGGAAGAGGGCGAGGAGGGGGGCGAAGGGAAGGAGGGUGGUGUGAGUGGGGGCGGGGGGCGAUGGGAGGAGGCGCGGCGGAUAGCGGACGUGGUUCACUUGCUGAAUGCAGCGCUGCAGCACCGACGAGGCAUGCUGGUCACCCACCUCUCCCCCUUCGUCUCUCUCUCCCUCUCCCUCGCCUCCCACCCUCUCCUCCUCGCCUCCCUCCGUUCCUCCUCCCCCUCGCUCCCCCUCCCUGCCCCUCCUCGCUGCUCUCAGCAGCAGCAGGAAAAUGGGGAGGGGGAGACGGGGGAGGGCGUGGGGGGAGCAGCAGGCACAGCGGGGGAUGCAGGGGAGGGGGAGGAUGCAGGAAGGGAGGGGGAUAAGGUGCAGCACGAGGUGGUGAGGGAGGUGAUGCUGCUGCUGCUGGGGCAUGCUGUGGUUCCUGCGCCAGCUGGCACAGCUGCAACCCCACGUGCUGCGCCUCCUGCUGCCCCCCACCAUGCGGUAACCACACUCUACCUCACCCCCCACCCGCUCAUGCGCGAUUCGCACAUCCCUGUGUUGAUGCUUUUCGCCCGUGCAGUCACUUCCCCGCACCCAUCCGCCAUUGAUGCUUUUCGCACACUGCUGCAUGGCCGUGAUGAAGCCAUCGCCCAUGCCACCACACCACGACUUGCACCUCACUGCGCCCCCCCUCACCUCGCACAACCACUUCCGUGGCCCGUUCCACGCCAACUCUGCGCCCCCGCCCCUCUCCCCCCCUCCCUCCAAUUUCUACCCCCCCUCCCAUGCAGCGCAUUGAACCGCCUGGCUGCAUCUCACCCCGCCCCCGUUCUGCUCAUCUUCUUGGAGCUUGCCGAGAAGCUUCCUGACUGCCUUGCUGGCUCCACACUGCAGCAGGGCAGCACGUCCCUUGAAUCACAGAGUGAAAAGGGAGGCGAGGGGCAGGAAGAAGCAGAUGGAGAGCAGGCGGGGAAGGGGAGGGUGCGCAAGAGGAGGAAGCGGCAGCAAGGCGAGGAGGGAAGUGAAGGGUCGCUUGGGAGGGCAGUAGCUGCUGUCCCCCGCCCGCCCGUUGCUGCAUUUAUGGAUUCACACCAAAGCCGGCAGCAGCAGCAGGAAGCGAGCGAAGCAUGGGAGGGAGUGCUGGCAGCAGCACUGGAGACCCACUCAGUGCUGCUCUCAUCGCACUCUGCUGCCAACCUGCCUUGCCACCUGCCGCUCUACCUCUCUGCCGCCCGCCACCACUGCCGCUCGCUGCCUAUCCUCUCCGCCGUUGCUCUCUUCCUGCAAGCCUUCCCCAGGGCUCAAGUGGGUGACACGUCAGCAUCUCUGCCCGCCUUCCCACCUGAUCUGUCAGCCAACCACAUGCCUGCAAUGCUUGAGGCACUACAGGACAACUUCUGCCACCCAGCACGUGAAAUGCGGGUGUUUCACCAGGUGGAAGAACUGGAGUCAGCACCCUACGACCUGCAGAUGGGCCGGCACGCUGCCACAGCAUUGGCUGCCCUUGCUGCUCAUGCCACAUCAGCACGGCUGCCCAACCAGCUGCUGCCAGCUGUCAGUCGCUGUGUGCUGGGGCUACUGCACUCCAAGUUUGCGAUGAUGUGGCAGCCUGCCAUUGGCUGCCUUGCAGCGCUGCUCUCCGCCCACCCCUCUUCCACCUGGCUCGUGGUGUGGCGGGAGCUGCGCCACCUGCAAGGAAGCUUCCUGCUGGCGGCAGCUGGUGCACCUGCAGAGUCAGGCGGUGGGGCGCAAGGCGAAGGGCAAGGGGAGGAAGGAGAGGAUGGCGGAGGGGAGGAGGGGGGAGAGCACGAGGAUGGGGAGGAUGGCAGCGGCAGUGGUGCAGGUGAUUAUUGGGCCCUCUCCCUCUCCUGCGCGACCCUGCUCAUAGCCCUCUCCCUCUCUCUGCUGCAUUCCGCCUUGUCUCGCUCUAACUCGGCUCUCCCCCCUGCCUCCUCCUGUACGUCUCACUGCACUACUAGUGCUCCCCUGCACCUCUGCCUGCACCGUUUCUUCCCCUUCCCUCCCCUGCCGCCCCCCACGCCCUUCCCCCUCCUCUCACCGCCAGGCAUAACGGAUCUCUUCCUGCGCACCGCCAUGGCAGUGCCAUCAGGAGCUCCUCCGUCAGCAGUGCUGUCGUCGCUGCUGCGCGCCCUCAGGCAGGCGCCAGCAGUGGCCGCCACGCGCCUCUCCCCCGCACCCCCACCGCCUCCAUCUGUGGGCACUGCUCUCACGCCGCGUGCUGGCACCUGUGCUGCCAACCUGGCGAGCGGGCAGCAGAGGCGUGGCACGGCGGGGCAGCAGCUGGCGGCCCUCUUCCUGGCAUUCGUGGGCGACUCUGAUGACUGCCUGUACGCCUCGCUCUUUCUUCCCUGCCUUGCUCCAUUCGCCACCCCUUGCACCACUCCUUGUUUGCAGCAAAGUAUGCCGACAGCGCAUACAGGGCACGUGGAGAUGAUACAAGGGGGCGCGGAAAGGGCAGGCAGGGAGGAGGGCGAGGAGGCGGAGGAGGGGGUGGUGGUGAACAGAGCAAUGGUGAGGGGCAAGCAGUGGCACGUGGUGCUCUCUGAUUGGCUGGAGCUGCUGAAGCGAGUAGAGCUGACAGCGUGUGGCCCCAAGGGAGAGCCACUCAAGCAUGUCAUCAUCGACAGGUUUCUGGUGCACCCAGAUCCGGCGGUGCAGCAGCUAGCGUUGGACUGUCUGGUGGCGUGGCGCCAUGGCUGUCUGCCCAAGUACGCCGCCCGCCUCGCCGCCCUCGCCUCCUACCGCUCGCUCAAAGAGACCCUCACCACGUGGGAUAUCAGCCCCGUGGAUGGGGAUGGGGAGGAGGGCGAGGAGGAGGAGGAGGGGAGGGUGGCGGAGGCGGACAGGGCGAGUGUGAUCCCGGUGAUCAUUCGCCUGCUGCUGCCCAAGCUCAAGAAGAGGAGCGGGCAGCUCGCAGGGAAGGUGAGGCGAGUGAUUCUGCGCAGUGCGCAAGUAGCGGUCAUGUCUGCACACGCUUCUCUCCUGCUUGGCAUUCUUGCUGCUUCCACUGUCCGUUCUGCACCCUUCUUCACUCGCCGAAUCCCCCUAUCCCCUCAUUCUGCCCUCUCCCAGGCGGCAGCAGGAGUGCAGCGAGGCACAGUGCUGACAUUCCUGGCGCGCCUGCCCCCCUCGGAGCUGCUUCCCCUCUUCCACCUCAUGCUGCUGCCCUUCCGCCCCGCCCACCAACCGGGCGCGGUAGUGCAAGGAGAGGCAGGCGAGGAGGCGUGGCAGCAGGCGCUGAGGCAAGGAGCCACGGAGGACUUCCUGCUGCUGCUGGGGGAAGGGGGGGAUGAGGGGGAGGGGGAAGCGGCGGGGGAGGAGGGGAAGGAAGGGGCAGUAGGAGCGGGAGCGGGAGCGGGAGUGGGAGCAGGAGUGGGGGUGGGGAUGGUGGGGCGCAAGCGAGUGAGUGGGUUUCUGCACCUGGCUGUGGACGUGGUGCGCGUGAUGAGCCGCCACCAGCUGCAGCCCUACGUGCUCGCCCUGCUGGCCGUCGCCGUGCGCACUGUGCAGUGCUACCCGCCCCUGCCUCCCAGUGCUGCUGGCGGUGAGGGGCGUGUGGAGGAGAGGCUGGAUGAGAAAAUGGGUGAGGCAGUGGAAGAGAAGGAGAUAAUAGAAGAGGAAGGGGAGGGAAAGGAGGAAGUAGAGGUUGAGGAGGAGGAGGAGGCAGAGGAGGCAGAGGAGCUUGAAGGGGAGGAAGGGCAGAAAGACGAGGUUAUGAAAGGCAAAGAAGAGGGUGCCGAUGCUGCUGCUGAGGGGCCUGGCGAUGCUGAUGAGGAUGGGCACAAGGAGGCGGGGGUUGAUGCACCUGAGGAAGACAACGAAGACGACGAUGAUGAUACGGAGGCCAAUACCAACGCCAGCCAGUCCAUCUCCCCUCACGUGCCCAGCUGGACUCGGGAGCUGCGCUCACUCGCCCUGCGACUGCUGGCAGCCAUCCUCGCCAAGUUCCCCGACAUCGCCACGCGCCCCUCCCUGCCCGCCCCCCUGCGCCCCUGGCCGCUGCUGCUCGCCGCCCUCUCCCCCGCCCUCACCCACCUCGCGGUUGACAACGCCGCCUCCUCCGAGCCUUCCGCGCUGCUCGCGCUGUUGCUCGCCCUCUCACGCUCGCCUCGCCUGGCGCUCCUGCUCGCCUCCCACCCGCACGCACUUCCCGCGCUCUCUGCGCUGCUCUCCUCGCCCUCUGCGCGCCUGCCUGUGGUGGGUGCAGCCAUGGGGGUGCUCUCUCACGUGGUGGCGUGGGGCGUGGUGGAGAGGGAGGAGGGUGAGGAGGGGGAGGAGGGCGAGGUGGUGCUGCAAUGGGAGCAGGCGGGGGGGCAGAUGGGAGGGGAGGUGGAGGGGGUGCGAGUGGCGAUAGGCAAGGCCGUGGAGGGGCAUCUGGCGGCCAUCCUGCCACACAUGCAGCAGUUCAUUGCAAGGCAGGGUGCACUCUAUAGCAGCAAGGGGACGGGGAGGGCGCUGAAGGCAUCAGCGCUGGCGGUGGUGGGGCGCAUGGCAGGCAUGGUGACACACGCGCACCUGGCAGGCCAGCUCGCAGCCGCGCUCACGCCCUUCCUCAGGCAGGCAGCGGGCGGCAGGCGGCGAGUGGACGAGAGCACCACAGCGGCCGUGCUGGCAGUGCUGCAGAGCCUGGCGCCGCUGCUGUCCCGCACUGCAGCUGCCACGUGUGUGCGGCUCUUCGCCCCGCUAGUCACCCACCUGCAGUCAAGGCCCGCUCGCCUGGCCCUCGUGCACACGCUCUCUGCGCUCGCUGCCGCCCACCCCUCACACUCCAUGCGCCUCCUGGCGUCACUAGUGGCGGACCUAUGCGCAUACGACCCGGCGCGCAUAGACGAGUACGACUACACGCGCCGCCUGCACGCCUACACCUCCAUGCACUGCCACCUGCCCGACCCUCCCGCCACCUCCACCCCUCCUCCAAAAGACGGUUCUGAUAGCGCAGCCACCGCUCUGCAGCGCUCGGCAGAGCAGGUGCAGCAGCAGGUGGUGGUGGCGGUGGGGCGGGAGGGGUGCCUGCUGCUGCUGAGCUGUGCGGUGCGGGACAUGGCGGACGAGGACAUGUCGCUGCGCCACUCCGCUGCCCACUUCCUGCAGUCCUUCGUGCGCCUCGCUGCUGCCCUCGCUGCUCUCCCUCCCGCCCCUGGUGCCACUGCUGGUGCGAGGAAGGGCAGGGAGGGGGAGGAGGGGGGCGCAGUGAGUGGGAGGGAGGCGAGGGAGCUGGUGAACGCAGUGCUGCUGCGCCACAUCAAGAAGGGCCUCCACUCGCCCAUCGUCGUCGUGCGCAGGGAGUGGGUGCUGUUGCUGCGUGACGUGGCGCUGCACAUGGGUGCCACGUCACCAGUGGCGGAGCUGAGGUGUCUGGUGAGGGAGGAUGACGUGGAGGCGGAUUUCUUCCACAAUCUCGUGCAUCUGCAGACUCACCGCCGCGUGCGAGCGCUCACCAAGUUCGCCGCCCUCUGCCCCACCGCCCACUUCUCUCCGGAGGUGUUGCUGGAGGCGGUGGUGCCAGCGCUGCUACGGCAGCUGGUGGAGGGGCGGCCGGACAGUGAGAGCGGCGUGAUGGACGCCACCAUGGCCGCCCUCUCCGCCCUGGCCGCCCGCCUGCCCUGGCCCGCCUUCCACUCCCUGCUCUCCCGCCUGCUGGCUCUGCUGCCACGGCGCAAGGAGAAGGGCGAGCAGUGGUGGGAGGAGAGCAAGGGCAGGGGCGGGGGGAGGGGUGGCGAGGAGGUGAGUGCGGCGGGGCAGCGGGCGAUUCUGAGGGCCAUCUGUGGCGUGCUGGAGCAGGUGAAGCACGUGGUGGGGGUGGGGGGAGGGGAGGAGAAGGGUGACAAGGAGGAAGAGAAGGGUGAGAAGGAGGGUGUGGAUGGGAAGGAGGGUGGAGAAGCGGGUGGGAAGGAUGGGGACGAGGGGAAGGAGAUUACUGAUAAGGAGAGCAAGGGAGGAAAGGAGGAGAUCAGGCAAGUGGCAGCAGCGGAGGCAGGGAAGGAGGAGGGGGGAACGGCAGUGUCGCUGCGCAUACAGCAGGUGUUGCUGAAGGACAUCAUCCCUCAGCUGUCCAAGCACCUCGUGGCAGGCGAGGCGGGCCGCGAGGAGGUGAACUCGCAUGUGGCGCUCGCCGUGACGCGCACGCUGCUGCUGCUGCCGCCCGAUGCCAUCCGCUCGCACCUCCCCGUGCUCCUGCAGACCGUCGUCAACCCCCUCAAGUCGCGCUCGCAAGGGACGAGAGACGCCGCCCGGGCGGCGCUGUGCCAGGUGGCGGGGGCGCUGGGUCCGGCCUACCUGGGGUACGUGAUCGGCGUGCUGCGCAGCGCGCUCACACGCGGGUUCGAGCGCCACGUGCUCGGCUUCACGCUGCACGCACUGCUGCUGCACGCCGCCACCACCCACGGACGCACCAUGCCCCCAGGUGCCCUGGACUACUGCCUGGGCGAGUGCCUAGCAGUGGCGGUGGAGGGGCUGCUGGGGCAGGUGGCGGAGGAGAGGGAGGUGGACGCGGUGGCAGCGGGCGUGCGGGAGAAGCGCCAGAGCCGGUCGCUGGAGACGGUGCGCAUCGCUGCCUCGCUGGUGAACGUGCGGCGCAGCACGGCCCUGCUGCUCGCCCCCAUCCGUGCCGCCCUGCCUGCAUCGCUGGAUCCGAGGGUGAAGCGGCACGUGCAGGAGAUGGUCAGACAUAUGGCCAUUGGGCUGCUGGCCAAUCAGCACGCGACAGCUGGCGACCUGCUGGUGCUGGUGCACGCGGUGCUGUGGGAGGGCGUGCGCGUGGAGCAGGCACAUGCGGCCGCAGUGGGUGAGCGGAAGCGACUGCGUGUGGAGGCUCGGGAGGGGAAGGGUGGGGGGGAAGGGAAGGGGGAGGAAGGAGGGAUGGAGGAGGAACUGGGUGAGGAGUGUGGGAUGGAAGGGGAGGAAGCGGAGGGCAAGGUAGGAGGGCGGAGGAGACGGAAGAAGCAGAAGGGGUUGGGGUUUGAGGGGAUGCCGAACGGGCAUGUGGUGGCGCUGCUGGGCCUGCAGCUGCUGCUCUCCCUCGCCUCGCACGACCGCCUGCCCGCAUCUGACCCCGCCCUCACACCGCGCCUCAAUGCCCUGGUGCACCCGCUCUCCCUCGCCCUCUCCUCGCCCCACGACGCCGUGCUAGCAGCCUCUUUCCGCGCCCUCGCCUUCCUCCUCCACCGCCGCCUCCCCUCCGUCGCCACCGUUGCCCCCCGCGUCGCCACGUCAGCGUUCAAGGUGGUGCAGCAGGCGGGGCGGGCGGCGGCCGUGGCGGGCGGCAUGGUGCACUCGUGUCUGAAGCUGCUAGCCGUGCUGCUAGACAGAUGCCCCGAGGUGAAGGUGGGCGAGGAGCAGGUGCGAGCGCUGCUGGGCAGUGCAGUCUUCACAGACCUCGAGCUGCCCUCCACUCGCACCACCGCCUUUGCCGUUCUGCGCGCGCUGCUGCGGCGGCGAGUGGUGGUACCUGAAGUGUAUGACGCCAUGGGGCGCGUGCAGCUGCUGCUGCUGCGCUCCCACACGCCCUCCGUGCGCCAGCUCAGCGCAGCGCUGCUUCUCGCCUUCCUGCUUGACUACCCGCUGGGUCCCGCACGCCUGGAAGCACAUCUGAGCUUCCUGAUAGUGAAUUUGAAGUACGAGCACCAGAGCGGGCGAGAGGCCGUGCUGGGCAUGCUGCGAGCCAUCAUCGAGGGAUUCCCCUCCGUGCUCGUGGAGGCCCACGCCGAUACCUUCUUCCUGCCGCUCGUCACUCGCCUAGUCAGCGAUGAGUCAGCAAGGGUGCGGCAGCUGGUAGCAGCGGUGCUCAAAGCGCUGUUUGUGCGAGUCAAGCCGCCCACGUGCGCGCGCCUGCUGCGCUUCGCGUCUGCAUGGUUGGUGGAUCCGUCCCCCCAGCUGCAGCAGGCAGCAGCGCUGGUGUUAGGGGUGGCGGUGGAGGCGGUGGGGGUGGGCGGCGAGCAGGGGGGCAUGGUGGCGGCAUGGAUGGGUGCUGCUGCGCGGAUUGUGCAGCGGGCGCAGGGAGGGGAGGAGGGUGAGGGAGGGGGAGUGGAGGGGUGGAAGGGUGUGUACGCGUGUGUGGUGCUGGCUGAGAAGGUGCUGCAGCGGGAGGGUGGGCAGGCGCACAGCAGCAGCAUGCGUGCGCUGUGGCGGCAACUGCCGGCGCUGCUGCUGCAUCGCCACCUCUGGGUGCGCGCUGCUGCCUGCCGCCUCCUGGGGGCCUACCUCUCCCAUGCCACCACUGCCGCUGCUGCAGCCGCUGGUGGUGGUGGGAGCAAGGGCGUGUGUGGGGCGGAGGAGGAGGGUCUGAAGGCUGUGGUGAGGGAGCUGGUGGAAAAGGGCGAGCAGGAUGAGGGGGAGGACGAGGAGCAAGAGGAGGGUGAGGGGAGGGGGGCAGGGGUGGCGGUGUGGCAGGUGCUGCUGCAGCCAUCGUACUUGGUGGUGGUGGCAGGGGCGCUGUGCCGUGUGCUGGAGAGCAACGCCAGUGACGAGCGGCUGGCACAGCACACUGUCAAAAACCUUGUCGCCCUCGCUCCCCUCCUGCCCCUCCUGCCUUGCCGUGCCAUUAAUGGCACUGCUGGUGGUGGGAUGAGGAAGGGAAGGGAGGGGGGAUCGGGGUUGGUGGUGGAGCUGGAUGGGUGUGCCAUAGGCAGGGAGGGCAGGGGGCGGCUGAAACUGGGGUGGCAACUGCUGCGGGUGAGGAGGAGAGAGGGAGAGAAGACUGGGGAUGGCAGUGGUGGCGAGGAGGAGGACGAGGAGGAGGAGGAAGAGGAGGAGGUGUUGGGAGAAGCAGAGGGAGGGGUGGAAGGGGGGGUUGAGGAGGAGGAGAAAGCAGAGGAAGUAGAGGAAGAAGAGAAGGGCGAUGAGGAAUCAUACCUUGUAGACUUUGGGGAGGGUAGUGGUGUGGGCGAUGCUGGUGCUGCUGCUGAUGCUGCUGUUGCUAAUGCCGAUCCUGGUGCUGAUGCUGAUGCGGAUGCUGAUAUGGAAGCGACAGGUGCAGGGAGUGGGGCCGUCAUGUUGGGUGAACCAGUAGGGGAGGGCAGUGAGGGCGAUGCAGAGGGCAGUGGGGAGGCAGGGGAUGGGGAGGAGGCAGAGGAGAGGCAGCAGAGCGAUGGGGAGGAGGGCGGUGCAGGGGAGCAGGAGGAUGGGGAGGGGCAACUGGAUGGGGGCUAUGUGGCGUUAAGGGAGGGGGCAGGGGAGGAGGCGACACGGCACAUAGCGCUGGGGGCGGUGAUGAAGGCGGUGGCACGUGUGGCGUACAGAGUGAAGCCCAUUCAGGUGUGGCCCUUCGUGUGCUGUGCUACUCACACGCUCCACAUACCAUCUCUCUGUGCUUCAAUGAUUUCUGCUUCCACCCUCCCCUCACUCCCCCCUCAUCCCUCUCCCUUCCCCCUUUCACUCCCUCUCCCCACACAUCCCCCCCCUACCCUUGCCCCCAUGCAUGGCGCCCACCAGACGGCAGCAGCGCUGCGGUGUGUGGCAGCGCUGGCGACAGCACUGGGAGGGGAGGGGGUGCGGCCAUACCUGCCGGACGUCAUGCUGCCACUCUUCCGCCUCUCACAGGGCUCUGCAGGCGCUGUUGUCCCACGUGAGCCCCUCUCCACACCCCUGCACCCGUCUGUACCUUUUGCAAUCCCCUUGGUGCUCGUUUCGUGUCAAGGUGCCGUUUUCUCUCCCCAUAGCAAUGCGUGUGCUGUGAGAAGCACAGGUUGGCUUGGCAGUCCCGGCACUGGUCCUCCUCCAACUCACCCUCCCCCCCCCCCUCAUCUCCCUCCCGUCUCUCUCUGCCCCCUCGCCUCGCCCCGUGCACAUCAAGCAGCGGAGGUGCAGGGGGUGGUGGGCGAGGUGGUGGAGCACGUGCGCCACGAGGUGGGCCCCGCCGCCUUCAUUGCCGCCUUCUCCGCCGCGCGCGACACCGCCAGGAGGCGCGCGGCAGCCAGGCGGGAGGCGGCGCGCGUGAGCGUGCUGGUGGACCCCGAGAGGCACGCUCGGCGCCGGGCGAGCCUGGCGCGCAAGCGAGGCGAGUACAAGAAGAGGAAGAACCAGCAGCACCGCCGCAGCAAGAUGCGGUGA